GCCUCUCUGUAUCUCAUCGCCGGCUUUGCGUAACCCAUUGGUCUUCUUCCAUCUUCCACGUAACCCGCGUUCUGGCCUCUUUCAGGAAAUCGCCGUAUCGAAACACCCCUCCUCUUCAGACUGACUAUCCCGAUUUGGCAGAUCUCAAGCCCCUCAUGGCUGCAGAUGGACAGCAAGAUGGUGUCCUGGACGCGCUCCGGGACAUCCAGCAAACCCAGCAACAGCUGCUAAGCUCGCUUGAGUCCCUCAACGGUAAAAUUGGCUCCUCUACCAUCUCGGCGGAGGCGCUAUCAGCGGCAUCUCUGCUGCCCGUGGAUAACAAGGAUGCUAAGCCAAAGGACGCUGAGGCUGCCGGAGAUCUGGCGCCCAUCCAGUCAUCGUUUGAGAAUGGGACGGUACAGCCCAGUUCGGCCUUGUCUCCAGCCAGCCGCUCAGGCUUCACCUCGCGCAUCGUGCUCACGACGUAUCCCAAGCAGCUUGGCAUUGACCCUAUUUCCCUGGACUGGGGUAACUCUGAUCCAUUGCAGCGAGGCCCAGUAGUUGUUUCGAGAGCCGCAUCUACCAUUCGCCGCAGAAAUGGUUUGUUGUCCCCCGGUGGCUCGUACUCAAUCUACUAUGCGCUGGCUGUUGCUAGCAAGGAACUCAACGCCGAUCACAGACCCGAUUUCACAAAUGCUGAGCCUGCUGCCAAUAUUGGGCCGUUCCCUCAAUGGGGAGAUAAGAAGAAGAUUGUUGCUAUGGAUCCUUGGGGUCACUUGGUUCCAUGGACUUUCAAGGACAUCAUUGAAAAGCAAAACAUCGAUAUGCGACCAACAAUUGCUAUUACGAAGGCUCAUAUGAAGCUUCCCGAACUUGCAGAAAGCGUGAAGAGUGGUCGACUGGUUCCUGAUGGAAAAGUGUGCUUGAACGAGCUUGGAGAGUUGGCUGUCACCAAAUUUGCCGUAGAGCCGGUUUGGUAUCUUCCUGGUGUAGCCGAGAGAUUCGGAAUCGAUGAGGCUACCUUGCGCCGCUCUCUGUUUGAGCACACGGGAGGAAGCUAUCCAGAGUUGAUAACCCGUGGAGACAUCAAAGUCUUCCUCCCACCCAUCGGCGGGUUGACCGUAUACUGCUUCGGCGAUCCUGAGAAAAUGUCGGAUGAAAACGUUCGGUUAUCACUGAGAAUUCACGAUGAGUGCAACGGAAGCGACGUUUUUGGCUCCGAUAUUUGCACGUGCAGGCCGUACCUGAUUUUUGGCAUUGAAGAGGCUGUCAAAGAGGCUCAGAAUGGCGGCAGUGGUGUAGUUAUAUACUUCAGAAAAGAGGGCCGCGCUCUUGGAGAAGUGACAAAGUACAUGGUAUACAACGCACGCAAGCGUGGCGAGGAUCGAGCAUCGGACUAUUUCAUGAGGACUGAGAAUAUUGCGGGUGUGAAAGACAUGCGCUUCCAGGCUUUGAUGCCAGAUAUCCUCCACUGGUUGGGCAUUAAGAAGAUUGAUCGCAUGUUGAGCAUGAGCAACAUGAAACAUGAUGCUAUAGUUGGUCAAGGAAUUCCCAUUCACGAGAGGGUGGAACUUCCAGAUGAGCUCAUCCCGGCCGACUCAAGAGUUGAAAUCGACGCCAAGAUUACUGCUGGCUAUUUUACCGCUGGUAAACGGUUGACGGCUGAAGAACUGCAGUCUGUACAAGGCAGACUCUGGGAAGAUAUCGAUCACUAAGAAAUGGCUGCUAAUAACUGUGGAAUGAGUUGUGUUAAUUCCGUCUGUCUCCUUGCGCAGCUGGAUUUAGAACCAGUCUCUUUUAUGUCCCCUGACUUAGCCACCAAUGAUCUUAUUUUGUGUAGCCUGCUCUCAGGUAUUCAGAAAGAUGCACCGAUUUAUUGGUCUACCGAUGAAACAAAAUCACAUAUUAUCGUUAUCCGCGUUUAUCUGUCUGUGUGGCUCGUAGUCCUAUCUGUACCUAUCCAGUGCCAUUAUGUAUACAAAGUAGCGACAUGAUUAAAAUUCUACUAGUAACAGCAUUAUUAUCCCAUACCUUGGCUGAUAUUACGGCAAGGACAUGAUUUAGCGUCUCUGAGAAAAGCAUUCUCAGCUCUAAGAUAUACCGUCUUACUAACGACCUCCUCUCCUUGGCUCGAGAUGAGUGAGCUACAUCAAGAGACAAUUGCUCUUUGCUGGGGGUUCUCCAGGGCUCUGGGACUUCUCAAUCUCGCCAAUCAGAAGCUCAAAUGCCCUGCCAACAUUCUGAUUGUAUCUUGCGCUCGCCUCUGUCCAGCCGCACUGGAAUUUCUCGGAGAGCUUCUUGCCCUCUUCGGGGCUGACUUGGCGCUGCUCUGGUCGAAGAUCGCUCUUGUUACCUACGAUGACGAUGGGAACGGAUUCGGUACCUAGAUGAUUGAGAAUCUUUUCUCUGACGAUCUGGACCAUCUCAAACGAUGGCAGGGACGAUACUGAAUAGACCAGCAUGUACCCAUGGAUGCCGAUGAAAUGCUUCGAGUUUAAGAUGCUGUACUCAUCCUGUCCGGCGGUGUCGACGAUUUCCGUCGAGAAGUCCUGGCCCUUCCACUGUAUAGUCUUGCUAAAGGUGUUUUCUAUCGUCGGGUAGUAGCUCUCCACGAAAUGGCCGUCAACGAACUGCACAGCGAGCGAUGAUUUGCC